CACAUUUCAUAAUCGAUGCUUUUGUUUACACUUUUGCUCACAAUUUGCAUCCAAUGUGUGACUUGUAAUCAAAGUGUAAUCAUUAAACAGAGUGUCAGUUGUGAUCACUGAACUGUUCCUCACUUCUUCAUUCAGACCAUUGGUGUGUUGUGUAAGACAUUCAUAGAUUGCGAGCAAAAUGUUAUCGUUUCGGCAUUUGUCUCAAACCCUAAUGAAACCAAACUCUUUAAAUAAGUUGAGAUUUUUGACAAACGAUUUGCAUCUAAACCACACAAUUGUCCGCUUAAGACAUUCCGCACGUAUGAACACAUGUGUGGUGUUUGUUCCCCAACAGGAGUCUUGGAUUAUCGAAAGGAUGGGCAAAUUCAACAAAAUAUUAGAUCCCGGGUUUAAUAUCCUCAUACCUAUUAUCGAUCAGAUUAGUUAUGUUCAGAGUCUCAAAGAGUUAGCCAUAGAUAUUCCUCAACAGUCGGCCGUAACGGCAGAUAACGUAACGCUUAACAUCGAUGGCGUGCUAUAUCUCCGAGUGGUGGACCCGUACGCCGCCUCCUAUGGCGUCGAAGACCCCGAGUUCGCGAUCACCCAAUUGGCUCAGACGACGAUGCGAUCGGAAAUCGGAAAAAUCACUUUGGAUUCAGUGUUCAAAGAGAGAGUAUCACUGAAUAUAGGGAUCGUUGAGUCGAUUAAUGCGGCGAGUAAGACAUGGGGUCUGAUGUGUUUGCGGUAUGAGAUCCGAGACAUAUCUUUACCCAAUCGUGUCCAGGAAGCCAUGCAAAUGCAGGUCGAGGCCGAACGCAAGAAGAGGGCCGCAGUUCUCGAGUCUGAGGGCCGCAGAGAGGCCGACAUCAACGUCGCCGAAGGCAUGAAGAGGGCCCGCAUCCUGGCCUCAGAGGCCAUGAAAAUGGAACAAAUCAAUAACGCCGAGGGUGAGGCCAAAGCCAUUAUAGCUCGGGCUGAGGCGAAGGCCAAAGGGAUCCAAAUGGUGGGAGAAAUGCUGAAAAGCAAUUCCGGCGAAAACGCGGCCGCACUCAAUGUGGCCGAACAGUACGUCAAAGCCUUCAGUCAUUUGGCCAAAACCAAUAACACUAUCAUUCUGUCCAACGACGCCUCAGAUGUCGCCAAAAUGACAACUCAGGCAUUACAAGUGUUUCGAACACUUAAGACGCCAGAGAAUGAGAUAAUCGGUGACAAUGUUUCUGAAACUAAUAGAAACCCUAAGAAUCCCAUCGAGUAUUACAGCGAUUAUGAAGCAAACAGAAAAUAAAAUCAUUUACGGA